AUGGCAUUCUCAACUCCAAUUUCAUCAUCAUAUUUACCUAGAGUCUACUCUCAGUUAUCAGCACAUGAAGCAACCUCAGAGACAAAGUCUAGGAUUUGCUUAUCGAAUGCAUCCUCUCUCCUUCAACGCACUUUGACUUACAAAGCAGGUUUUCCUUCUCAUUUGGAAAGAAGAGAGUCCUUCAACUUCAAAGUUUCUGCUUCAGUGACAACAGAUGUUUCAACACCCGAACUCCCUGUCACACCUUCAGUUGUCAAAGGUGACACUUGGUCAAUCCAUAAAUUUGGUGGCACAUGUGUGGGAACUUCUGAAAGAAUCUAUAAUGUUGCCAAGAUUGUUACAGAAGACAAUUCUGAAAGAAAGCUGGUUGUUGUGUCUGCAAUGUCUAAAGUUACAGAUAUGAUGUAUGAUCUUAUUGAAAAAGCACAAUCACGUGAUGAUUCAUAUGAAUUGGCACUUGAUGCUGUUUUUGAAAAACACAAGGCAACUGCACUUGAUCUGCUUGAUGGGGAGGAGCUUUCUAGUUUCUUGUCUAUUUUGAGCAUUGACAUCAGUAAUCUCAAAGCAAUGCUACGUGCUAUUUAUAUAGCUGGACAUGUGACAGAAUCUUUUUCCGAUUUUGUUGUUGGUCAUGGAGAGUUAUGGUCUGCUCAGAUAUUGUCAUCUGUCCUCAGAAAGGGUGGGGUAGAUUGUAACUGGAUGGACACACGGGAUGUUCUGAUUGUGACACCUGCUGGAUCCAAUCAAGUUGACCCUGAUUACACUGAAUCAGAAAAAAGACUUGAGAAGUGGCUUUCACAAAAUCCUUCAAAGGCAGUUGUUGCUACUGGUUUUAUAGCUAGCACCCCUCAAAAUAUUCCCACAACUUUAAAAAGAGAUGGAAGUGAUUUCUCUGCUGCUAUCAUGGGUGCUUUAUUUAGGGCACGCCAAGUCACCAUUUGGACAGAUGUUGAUGGUGUCUAUAGUGCAGAUCCUAGAAAAGUUAGUGAGGCUGUGAUUUUGAAUAACUUGUCUUAUCAAGAGGCAUGGGAAAUGUCAUAUUUUGGGGCAAAUGUUUUACAUCCAAGAACUAUCAUUCCAGUGAUGCGAUAUGACAUUCCCAUUGUUAUAAGAAACAUCUUCAACCUAUCUGCACCUGGAACAAAGAUUUCAAGAUCACCUGUUAAUGAAAUUGAAGACAAAAAGAAUUUGGUAACAUAUGUAAAAGGGUUUGCAACAAUAGACAAUUUGGCCCUUGUCAAUGUUGAGGGAACUGGAAUGGCUGGUGUUCCGGGUACAGCAAGUGCCAUUUUUGCUGCUGUAAAAGAUGUUGGAGCUAAUGUCAUCAUGAUUUCUCAGGCUAGCAGUGAACAUUCUGUCUGCUUUGCUGUUCCUGAGAAGGAAGUGAAAGCAGUUGCAAAGGCAUUAGAGGCCAGAUUUCGUCAAGCUUUAAGUGCUGGACGUCUUUCUCAGGUGGCAGUGAUUCCAAACUGUAGCAUUCUUGCAGCAGUUGGCCAGAAAAUGGCAAGUACUCCAGGUGUCAGUGCAACUCUAUUCAAUGCACUUGCAAAGGCUAAUAUUAAUGUGAGGGCUAUAGCACAAGGGUGCUCUGAAUACAACAUCACUGUAGUUGUGAAAAAGGAAGAUUGUGUAAGAGCCUUAAGAGCAGUUCAUUCAAGAUUCUAUCUUUCAAAAACAUCAAUAGCUGUGGGUAUUAUUGGGCCUGGGCUUAUUGGUGCCACUUUACUUAAUCAGCUUAGAGAACAGGCAGCAGUGCUGAAGGAAAAAUCCAACACAGAUUUACGUGUCAUGGGAAUCCUUGGAUCGAAGAAAAUGCUGCUGAGUGACACGGGUAUUGAUCUUUCUACAUGGAAAGAAGUUCACAAGGAGAAAGGAGAAAAAACUGAUUUAGAAAAAUUUGUUCAACAUGUUCAUGGGAAUCACUUUAUUCCCAACACAGUAAUUGUAGAUUGUACAGCAAGUACUGAUGUAGCAGAUCACUACCAUGACUGGUUGCGAGAAGGAAUUCAUGUCAUUACCCCAAAUAAGAAGGCCAAUUCCGGACCACUUGAUAAGUAUUUGAAGCUGAGAGCUCUUCAAAGGCAAUCAUUUACUCAUUACUUUUAUGAAGCCACUGUUGGAGCUGGUCUUCCAAUCAUGCAUACUUUACGAGAUUUACUUCAAACAGGGGAUAAGAUUGUACGCAUUGAAGGAAUUUUCAGUGGGACAUUGAGUUAUAUAUUCAACAAUUUUGUUGAUGCAAGAGCCUUUAGUGAAGUAGUGAUGGAGGCAAAAGCAGCAGGUUACACUGAGCCUGACCCCAGGGAUGAUCUUGCUGGGACAGAUGUCGCCAGAAAGGUGAUAAUUCUUGCUAGAGAAUGUGGUUUAAAUCUUGAACUUUCAGAUAUCCCUGUUCAGAGCCUUGUGCCAGAUCCAUUAAAGGGAAGUGCAUCAGUGGAUGAGUUUUUGCAGCAGCUACCAUCUUUCGACACAGACAUAGCUGAAAAGCAACAAGCUGCAGAGGAAGCAGGAGAAGUGUUGAGAUACGUUGGGGUUGUGGAUGUAACGAACCAAAAAGGAGUUGUGGAGUUAAGAAGAUACAAGAAAAAACAUCCGUUUGCACAGCUUUCGGGUUCUGACAACAUCAUUGCUUUUACAACAGAAAGGUACAACAAACAGCCUUUGAUUGUGCGGGGCCCGGGUGCUGGAGCUGAAGUUACAGCAGGUGGAGUUUUUAGUGACCUGUUACGCCUCGCAUCAAAUCUUGGUGCCCCUUCAUGUUAAGUUAAUUAUGGUUGUUUUGAAUUUUGGUUAUAUAUAAUAAGGGGAAUCCGGCCUGGUUUUAUCUACAAUAAGGUGUUUAAGGAUUUUAGUUUAGGUGGGUAUGUUAGGAGAAUGGUUGGAAAACUCACUGUUGUAAUGGUGUUUUUUUUUUUUUUACU